AUGAGUGAAUCGCGACUCUUCAAGCCUCUGAAGAUAGGCAAUGUAGAAGUGAAGCACCGGAUCGGGAUGGCGCCACUCACUCGCCUCCGGGCGACCGACCACCGCGUGCCGACGCCUCUGAUGAAGGAAUACUACGGUCAGCGGGCCUCCGUUCCGGGCACUUUGAUCAUUGCUGAGGGCACUUUCGUAUCGCCCUCCGCCGCUGGUGGUUUCGCAAACGCGCCGGGGAUCUGGAGCCAAGACCAAAUCGCUGCAUGGAGAGUGAUCACCGAUGAAGUCCACGCCCGAGGUAGCUUCAUAUUCUGUCAGCUGUUCGCAAUGGGUCGCGCUGCCAAUAUCGAGGUGGCUAAGAGAGAAGGCGUUAGCAUCGUGGCACCUAGCGCCGUUCCCAUAGACCAGGACUCCCCAAUUCCGCGCGCUAUGGAGAUCCAAGAGAUCCAGCAGACGGUGUACGACUUUGCAGAGGCCGCCGAGAAUGCCAUCCGUGCAGGGUUUGACGGUGUCGAGUGCCACGGCGCGAAUGGCUACCUCCUCGAUCAAUUUACCCAAGAUACCAGCAACAAGCGCGACGACGAGUAUGGUGGUAGCGUGGAGAACCGAUCUCGCCUUCUCCACGACGUCCUGAAGGCCAUGACCACCGCCGUCGGCCCCAAGCGGGUUGGGCUCCGUCUCAGCCCCUGGAGCCCGUUCCAGGGCAUGAGAAUGCAGGACCCCAUUCCGCAGUUUACCGAUAUCAUUCACAAAGCCAAACGACUUCAUCUCGCAUACCUUCACUUAGUCGAGUCGCGAGUGUCCGGUAGCGAGGAUUUCGAAAGCAGCGAUCGGCUCGAUUUUGCAUACCGACUCUGGAAAGGCCCCCUCCUCGUUGCCGGAGGGUACACACCGGCGGAUGCACGGAAGCUGGUCGACCAAGAGCAUCCGGAUAAGGAUAUAGUAGUCAUGUUUGGGAGACAUUUUAUUGCCAACCCAGAUUUGGUAUACAGGAUCCAGGAGGGCCUAGAGCUGAGUGCGUACGACCGCAAGACCUUCUAUGUCAGUUGCUCGGCGGUGGGCUAUUCUGAUUACCCGUUCAGCACGAAGUAUCUCGGGAGUCAGAAAGUAAACCAAUCGGCUUGA